UCCCGGACCGCAGAGGGCGGGCGGCUGCACCGCGAAGCCAGCGAGCGCUUCGCCGCCGGCUACAUCCAGUGCAUGCACGAGGUGCACACCUUCGUCUCCGGCUGCCCCGGCAUCGACGCCACCACGGCGGCCGAGCUGCUGAACCACCUGCUGGAGUCCAUGCCGCUCAACGAGGGCGGCCUGCGGGACUUGAUGGCGGACGUUCUGGCCGAGCCUUGGCCGGGCAGCGAGGCCGCACUCCCGCUGGCCGAGGCGGCCCUGGGCCUGGUGCUGCCCUCGCCGUCGUCCGGCGAAGAGACGUGCUCCGACUCGGACGAGGCGGAGGCCGAGCCGGGACAGACCCCCGCCCACGGACUGGAGGCGGCGCAGACCCGCGGCGUGCCCUCGCCCAAGUCCAUGUGGAGGCCGUGGUAACGCUGCGAGCGGCGGGGCGGUGCAGCGCCUCGGGAUUGGAACGCGGCCCUCCUGUCACCCCCGACGGGCUCGUGGCUGAACGAGAGCCGUUGCAGCGCGCAGACGGUGCGUGUGUGGCAGUUUGUAGCUGGGGGUCGUUUGUAUGAGAGUGGGGGGACGGGAUGGGGGAGGAGGGAGUUUUUUUAGUAGCAAAGCUCUUUGGAUGCGCAGCCGUGGUCUCUUAACCCUGCCUCAUCCUCUUGGCCCCUAUAAGUGGCCCUGAUAACACUCACUACCUUGUUCUCUUAAGAAAAAGCCUUCGUGCGGUUUAGAUCCUGACGGGUAACUGCACGAGAGGCUCCAUCUGCACACGGCGUUUGUGUUCUGAUGACAGCACAGACCCCUGAAAGGGGCUCACGGAGCAGCUGUGCAGAGCAGCAGCCUAGCUCUUGCCUUCAGGGAAGGAAGAGCAGCAGGACCUGCUGGAGCUCUGCAGACAUCCAGGACUGAUGGCGGGGUGCCUGUAGAAAUGAGCAUCUUGAUUCACAUUUUGCUUUUAGCACAUUUGAGUUCAUUGUGACUUUAUGUAUAUUAGGGUAUCAAAUCAAGUGUGUUUUUUUUAUUUUUAAUCUUUAAUAAAAAAACUUGAACUCGCGGUGAUUUCA